CACCUCAGCGGCCGCCGCAGAGGCGCGGCGCGGGGGAGGGGAAGGGGCCCGGGAGAGUAGGCCAGGGCCUACGGCUGGGCGCGGCGGCGCGCACGCAGGCCUUUCCUCUCUGGAUCACCUCCCUCACGCCGGCAGCAGAGCGGGCGCGCACGCCAAGUGACGCUCCGAGGAGGAAGCGCAGCCCUGUCUCCUCCCUCGUAGCCCCGGGCACCGCGGGAGCCCCCCCAGUGCGCCUGUGCGGAGGCCUCCCGGAUUAUGUGUGCCGGCGCCGGGCGCCAGCGCUAACGCCGGGCGAGGCAGGGAGGGAAGGCGCUGAGGAGGAGGAGGUGGUGGCGGAGGGCGGUGGGGGAGUCAGCAAGGACAUGGCUCCUGACUCCAGUGCGGAACAUGGUCUCUAGCGACCGGCCCGUGUCACUGGAGGACGAGGUCUCUCAUAGUAUGAAGGAGAUGAUUGGAGGCUGUUGCGUUUGCUCAGACGAGAGAGGCUGGGCCGAGAACCCGCUGGUUUAUUGCGACGGGCACGGCUGCAGUGUCGCGGUGCAUCAAGCUUGCUAUGGCAUUGUUCAAGUACCUACUGGACCAUGGUUUUGCAGGAAAUGCGAAUCUCAAGAGAGAGCAGCCAGAGUGAGAUGUGAACUGUGUCCCCAUAAGGAUGGAGCUUUAAAAAGAACAGAUAAUGGGGGUUGGGCUCAUGUGGUUUGUGCCCUGUAUAUUCCAGAGGUACAGUUUGCAAAUGUUUCUACAAUGGAACCUAUCGUUUUACAGUCUGUUCCACAUGAUCGUUAUAAUAAGACUUGCUACAUAUGUGAUGAACAAGGAAGAGAAAGCAAAGCAGCCACUGGUGCUUGCAUGACAUGUAAUAAACAUGGAUGUCGACAGGCUUUCCAUGUAACAUGUGCUCAGUUUGCUGGACUGCUUUGUGAAGAAGAAGGUAAUGGUGCAGAUAACGUCCAAUACUGUGGCUACUGUAAAUACCAUUUUAGUAAGCUGAAAAAGAGCAAACGGGGAUCUAAUAGGUCAUAUGAUCAAAGUUUAAGUGAUUCUUCUUCUCACUCUCAGGAUAAACAUCAUGAGAAAGAGAAAAAAAAAUACAAAGAGAAGGACAAGCACAAACAAAAACAUAAGAAGCAACCAGAACCAUCAGCUGCUUUGAUUCCAUCACUGACUGUUACAACAGAAAAAACUUACACAAGCACUAGCAACAACUCUAUAUCUGGAUCAUUGAAGCGCUUGGAAGAUACUGCAGCAAGAUUUACAAACGCAAAUUUCCAAGAAGUCUCUGCACACACCUCCAGUGGAAAAGAUGUUUCAGAACCUAGAGGUUCAGAGAGCAAAGGGAAGAAGUCUUCAGCUCACAGCUCAGGUCAGAGGGGAAGGAAGCCUGGUGGUGGAAGAAAUCCAGGAGUGACUGUGUCAGCAGCUAGUCCUUUUCCUCAAGGCGGUUUUUCAGGAGCUCCAGGCAGUGUCAAAUCAUCUUCUGGAAGUUCAGUGCAGUCUCCCCAGGAUUUCUUGAGCUUUACAGACUCAGAUCUGCGCAAUGACAGUUACCCUCAUUCACAGCAGUCAUCAUCAACCAAAGAUGUACAUAAAGGAGAAUCUGGAAGCCAGGAAGCGGGGGUAAAUAGUUUUAGUUCCUUAAUUGGUCACCCUGCGACUGCAGCUGUUAUUUCACAGCCUAAAAGCUUUGAAAAUUCACCUGGAGAUUUGAGUAGUUCCAGCCUUUCUACAACAGGAUACAAACGGGCUCAAACUUCGGGCAUAGAAGAAGAAACUGUAAAGGAAAAGAAAAGAAAAGGAAAUAAACAAAGCAAGCAUGGGCCUGGUAGACCGAAAGGAAACAAAAGUCAAGAGAAUAUUUCUCAUCUCUCAGUUUCUUCUGCAUCACCAACAUCGUCAGUAGCGUCAGCUGCAGGAAGUGUGGCAAGCUCCAGUCUCCAGAAGUCCCCCACGUUGCUGAGGAACGGCAGUCUCCAGAGUCUCAGUGUCGGCUCCUCUCCAGUUGGUUCAGAAAUUUCCACGCAGUAUCGGCAUGAUGGAGCUUGUCCAACAACUACUUUCUCAGAGUUGCUGAAUGCAAUACACAAUGGUAUUUAUAACAAUGGUGAUGCAGGAGCGUCAUUUCCCAACGCGGUAUCUGGCUCAGGUUCCAGCACUCCUGUCUCCAGCUCACAUUUACCUCCACAGCCUUCAGGGCAUUUGCAGCAGGUGGGAAGUCUCUCCCCAUCUGCUGCAUCAGCUGUAACUGCUGCUGUGGCUCCAACUCAGGCAAAUACCCUGUCUGGCUCUUCGCUUAGCCAGGCACCGUCUCACAUGUAUGGAAGCAGAUCAAAUCCAAAUUCAGCAGUGGCAGCUCUCAUAGCUCAGUCUGAAAACAGUCAAACAGAUCAGGACCUGGGAGACAACAGCCACAGCCUGGUCGGCAGAGGAAGCUCGCCCAGAGGAAGCCUCUCCCCGAGGUCCCCAGUGAGCAACUUACAGAUCCGCUAUGAUCAGCCAAGUAGCAGCACUUUGGACAGCCUGCCUCCAGUAGCGGCCAGCAUAGAACAGCUGUUGGAGAGGCAGUGGAGUGAAGGACAGCAGUUUCUGUUAGAGCAGGGCACACCGAGUGACAUUUUAGGAAUGCUGAAGUCACUACACCAACUUCAAGUAGAAAAUCGAAGAUUGGAGGAACAAAUUAAAAACUUAACUGCCAAAAAGGAGCGUCUUCAGUUACUGAACGCACAGCUUUCAGUGCCUUUCCCAGCGAUAGCCGUGGCCCUCAGCCCAUCGCAGCAGCUGCACCCGUUUUCCGCCCAGACUGCUCCAACUGCUGAUUCCUUGAACAGCAAUAAGAGCCCUCAUAUAGGAAACAGCUUUUUACCCGAUAGCUCUCUUCCUGUAUUAAACCAGCAGGACUUAACCUCCAGUGGCCAGAGUACCAGCAGCUCCUCUGCCCUCUCCACGCCACCGCCUGCCGGCCAGAGUCCGGCACAGCAGGUCCCUGCCGUCCCUGGGGUCCAGCAGAUCAACGGCAUGACGGUGGGGGCGCUGGCUGGUGGCAUGCAGCCCGUGGCCGCCUCUAUCCCUGCCGCCACCGCAGUGGGGGGGUUAAUUGGAGCUUUGCCAGGUAACCAGCUGGCAAUUAACGGCAUUGUAGGAGCUUUAAACGGGGUGAUGCAGACCCCUGUCACCCUGUCCCAGAACCCUGCCCCCCUCACUCACACAACUGUACCACCUAACGCAACACAUCCAAUGCCAGCCACGCUGACUAACAGUGCCUCAGGACUAGGAUUACUUUCUGACCAGCACAGACAAAUACUUGUUCAUCAGCAACAGUUUCAGCAGUUGUUAAGUUCUCAACAGCUCACACCAGGGAGAGAGAAGAGAAGGCGCGCUCGAGGUAGAGGGAGCAGCAGUUGUAAAAGACCUGGGCAUGUGUUGUGUUGUGGAAGACUAGAAGGAAGGCAGAUGACUGCAGAGAGAGAGGUGGGCCGCAGCAGUGGAGAGGAGCAGCACCAGGCUUUCCUGUACCAGUUCAUACAUCAGCACCCGCAGCAUCACGCGCCUGAGCUGCAGCCACUGCAGCUGCCUGGCCCCACGCAGCUCCCCAUGAACAGCCUGCUCACCGGAGCCCCCGCACCCCCUCUGCACACAGCCACCAACCCCUUCCUCAACAUCCAUGGGGACAGCGCCGGCCAGGUCACAAGAAUUAGUGAUAAAACUGGGCCUGUAGCUCAGGAGAAGAGUUGACCCUUGAGAAGCACCUGAGAGGCCUCUGCCAUGGUCUGAGGACCUGCGAUCCAUCGAGGCGGCCACAGGACAGAGGCCACGUGAGGGCGCGCUCGUCAGGCACCCAUUUUCUUGUUGCUUUGUUGCACUGACAGGUCCCACUGGAAGGUUUUAAAUUGUGAAAGAAAAUGUAAUAGCUAACUUGUGUCAAUGAAAUAACUUACAUGAAAUUAGUUUAUCACCUCAAGAAAAAUUGAAUAUAGUUGGUGCGCAACUAGUUAUAAAUGGAGACGCAAACAGCAUGAAGAUUUGUUCCAUUCACAAACGACUUGGUUUUACUGUACAAGUUGGAGUAUGAAACAUCAUCACUUCUUUGGGUCACAGUAUGCUUGCUCUAAGUCAGAUCUGAAAUUCCAAGGGAUUGUUUCUUAUUUUAGAAUUCUAGUUAGUCACUUACACAAUGUCACCCACCAAGACUCUGCAAAACUUUGUUCAGAAUACUUCUUUUCUGAUGAGACUUGGCCCAUUCGGGUAAUAGGAUUAGGGCAUAAUGUUUGGUUCUGUUAAAGGUACUUUUCUUUUGCUAAGUGCUUCUGUAGUGUCAAAACCUGCUCAUAGUUAGGGAGCCAGAGAAAGCAAGUACUAGGCUGCAGGGAGCAGGGUCAGUGCACAGCAAAAGCCGGCUCUCAGAAAGGCUGCACGAGGCAGCUUUGCCUCACGAAGGCAGCAGCUCAGGGCUCCAGCACCCCGCCUUGCAACAGGCACAGCCCUGCUGGGAGGCUCAGCACCCCACAGGGCUGAGUGCAGCCCUUUCACCACUGAGGGGGUUUGGUGAGAUUAUGCAUUUGUUUUACUUAAAACUUCCCAGUACUAACCGUGCAGACUGGCUGGCCACACCGUCAGCCACACUUUCCUUGCGACACCCAAGAUACAGGUGCACUCAUGUCUGAAAGCUGAGUGACGAGCAGGAAGCCCAGCUGGGAUCAGACCUCCACUGUGUACUGAGCUGGAAGAACACGCUGACUCUGCAAUAUGUCUCCUGGUUAAACAUUGCACAGUUCUUACCUCAUUUCUGUACAUAAGGUUUUGUGAAUCUGUUUUGUAUUGUGAAAAAUUCAUAAGAUAACAUUGAUAUUUUGAUUUGUAAUAUUUCUAAUUGGUAGAAUUAAUUGAAAAGUAAAGUUAAUUUAUUUUUAUAUGUUCAGGGGAAUUUUAAAGAAAGUCAAACCUUUUGUAGAUAAUUUAAAAAAUCAGUGUGGCUUAUUUUACUUAUUUAACCCACUGGUUGGUAUUCUGUAACAAUUUGUAUAAAUAGUAAAUUUUCAAUGUGUUGUUAUUUUGCCUAGAUGUAAAAUUCCACAUGUAUUAAAAUGUACAAACUUGUUAAUAAAAUUUAAUGAUGUUUAUAA